CCAGGCACAUCCUACCUUAUCACAGUGUGAUCUCUAUCUCGGUCUAAUGCUAAAUGGUCGGUCCACUUUUUAUGAUAGUUCAAUCGUUGACAUAAAAGCACUUUUUUCACCUGAAACUUGCUCACCCUAGAGGCCUAGACCUAUUGGCGUCUGUCCAUCUUAUAGCCUUCCCAAACAAUCCCAUACUCAUACAUAGAAUCGGUCAAAAUCUUGGUCAAUUACUCCAAGUGGAUAGCUCCAAUAAACACAAUCAAGCAAAAAUCCUCCACAAUCUUAAUUGAAAAUGGCAGGUAAAGAACCAGUUAUCAUCACAGACAAGGAAGAGAUGAGAAAAUGGACAAGAACCAUGAGAUCCCUAAACCAUACAAUUGGCUUUGUCCCCACUAUGGGUUACCUUCACGAGGGUCACCUUUCUCUAGUCCAAGAAGCACAAAAACAUACUGACCUUAUAGUUGUGUCCAUUUAUGUAAAUCCAGGUCAAUUUUCACCCAAUGAAGAUCUUUCCACAUACCCUUCUGAUUUUCAAGGCGAUAUUCAGAAACUCAAGUCUGUUGCUAAUGGCGUUGAUGUUGUAUUCCACCCCAAGAAUUUGUAUGACUAUGGGAAUUCUGAAAUGGGACUAAUUAGGUCAGCUGAGAGGAUUAAUGAAAAAGAGAAUGAGGGUUUAAAGGUGUUAUCUUGUGUUGAAGAUAAAGGGAUGGGGCAUGAAACUUGGGUUAGAGUUGAAAAUUUGGAAAAAGGAUUGUGUGGGAAGAGUAGGCCUGUUUUUUUUAGAGGGGUUGCUACUAUUGUUACCAAGUUGUUCAAUAUUGUUGAGCCUGAUGUUGCUGUCUUUGGCAAGAAGGAUUAUCAACAAUGGAGGAUUAUUCAGAGAAUGGUAAGCUUACUAAAAAAGAGUUCAUCUUGUUUUGUUUAAAAAUGUUGGAUUGGU